GCGAACCGGUUCCAUUCCGAUUGGCACUGGUGGCAUAACUUUGGUACGGGCGAUAUUGGCAACGACGGCGCCCACGAGAUCGACUACGCCCGUUGGGGACUCGGCGUCGAUUCGCUGCCGUCGCGUGUGAUGGCGAUUGGCGGCAAGAGCUUCUACGACGAUGACCAGCAAUGGCCCGACACCGCUACCUGUGCUUGGGAGUAUGACAUCCCUGGCGGCAAGCCGAAGCAACUCGUUUUCGAGAUGCGGCUCUGGUCCACCAACUACCCGAUGAACUGCGAUUCGGGCGUCGAGUUCUACGGGACCGAGGGCCAGAUGUUCCUCAGCAAGCGUGGCAAGUUGCGGGUCCUCGGGCCGCGGAACGCAAAGAUUGAAGAGGCCGCUUUCGGUCGUGAGCGGGGCUUCGCCCACUUCGACAACUAG